UAACGGAGCAUCCGGAGUACCGCUGUACGGGAGUGGAACCGCCGCCGCUCGCAGCAGGCUGGUGCGGGGACGCCGGGGGACCGAAUGGAGCGCGCGGUGCGGGAGCUGUGGGCGGAGUCGCGCGACCUGCUGGGCCUCCACUCGCCGGACGCCGCCGCGGUGCCCCGCGCCGAGAUGCCCCCGACGCCGCUCGCGUUCCUCCGCGACCACGUCUCGCCGGGCCGCCCGCUCCUCGUGUCCUCCGCCGCCACGCGGCACUGGCCGGCCGCCUCGCUCUGGCCCACGGAGUCCUACCUCGCCGACGCGCUCCGCUCCACCGCCGUCUCUCUCCACCUCACCCCUGACGGCCGCGCCGACGCCCUCGCCCCGCACCCGCGCUGCGCCAGCGCCAAGUGCUUCGCCUCCGCGCACGUCCGCCAGGUCGACUUCCCCGCGGCCGUCCGCCUCAUCCGGAGCUCCGACCCGGGCUCCGGCCUGGUGGCUUACGCGCAGCAGCAGGACGACUGCCUGCGCGGGGAGUACGCGGCCGUCGCCGGCGACGUGGACGCGCACGUGCCCUGGGCCAGCGAGGCGCUCGGCUGCCUCCCCGAGGCCGUCAACCUCUGGAUCGGCAGCGCCUGCUCCCAGACCUCCUUCCACAAGGACCACUACGACAACAUCUACGUCGUCGUCUCCGGCGAGAAGCAUUUCCUCCUCUUGCCUCCCACCGAGCACCACCGCCUCUACGUCCGCGACUACCCCGCCGCCCGCUACGUCGCGGAGCCGGAAGGGGAGGGGGACCCGACGCUUAAGCUGGAGUUGGAAGAGCCCGAGAGGAUCGUGCCAUGGAGCAGCGUUGACCCCUACCCGCCGUCGCCGGAGGAGACGGCCGCGCAGGUGUCAUCCUUCCCGCUCUACUUCGAGGGUCCGAGGCCGAUACACUGCACGGUGCGCGCCGGCGAGAUGCUCUACUUGCCGAGCAUGUGGUUUCACCAUGUGAGCCAGAGCCCCGGGCCGAAUGGGCUCACCAUUGCAGUGAACUACUGGUAUGAUAUGCAGUUUGAUAUCAAGUAUGCAUACUUCAACUUCUUGAGAUCGUUUGAGAUCAAUGGUUCGAAAAGGAUCGAUGCUCCGGAAGGCGACCUUGAGGAGACGACCGAUUGAAUUGACAACUUAUGGUCAUUUGCGCAAUUCAGUUCUGGAUCAAUGCAGUAAGGCCACUAUGAACAGCUCAUGGCUCAAUUCGGUCGAUUGUUGUGGCCAUCAUCUGGCAGUUCUUCAAUGUUUGGAAGUAGAUGACCAGGGCAUGGAUCUCAAUAAUCUGCUGUUUAUGCUGUACCAAUUUGCAGGGCCAAAUUCCUUAUCAGGUUUGAUUUGGUUGCAGAGUCAGCAUAUUGAUGGCAACUUUUACAUUUUUAUUCAGACUUUGGAAGGUGAAUUAUGCCUAUUGUGCGGUGGCCGUGAUUACAUUCUGCAGUUCUAAAAAUGACGUCUUAUGCGAAUGAUGCAUGUUUCUUUCAGUACAGGUGGAUCACAUGGACAGAAAUAUCAAGCGAUGACCUCUUCUGAAUCUGUGAGCGUUAUUGUCUGGCUGCCUUGGCCAGCUCCCUGUCGACAGCCACCUUGAUGAAGCUGCCUUCCUCAACCACCAUCUGCACCGGCAGGAACCCGAGGCCAU